CCAGCGCUGGGAAGAGGAUAGGGAAGCCGAAAGGCUUUUUUUCUCUUUACAUUUCGGAGGUUUGGACUGGCCAGUUGCUGUGGUGUAACCCUAAGGUGCUGUUAGAGGCCGAGCUGGGUCCUACUUUCUGAAAGGAGGCCCCUGGAAGAACAAUGGAACCCCGACUGGAAUCAAUUCCACUCCAAAGGCAAGUUCUCCUUCUUGUUUUGUUUUGUGUGUGUGUGUCGGCUUCUGAACCCGGGAGGUUUUCAGUGGCAGAGGAAAUGGAGAGUAGAUCUUUUGUGGGUAAUGUGGCAAAGGCCCUGGGCUUGGAUGUUAGGGAACUGUCUGCCAGGGGUGCUCGGAUUGCUUCCAAAGGGAAAAAACAGCAUUUACAACUCAACAUUCAGACUGGGGAUCUGCUCCUAAAAGAGAAACUGGACCGGGAGCAGCUGUGCGGCCCUGCGGAGCCCUGUGUCCUGCCUUUCCAGAUUUUACUGGAAAACCCCUUUCACAUAAUUCCUGCAGAACUGAGAGUGCUAGAUAUAAAUGAUCACGCGCCCAUGUUCCCAGACACUGAAAUGUUCUUGAAAAUCCGCGAGAACAGCCCACCAGAGUCUCUAUUUUCUCUGAAAAACGCGCUAGAUUUGGAUGUAGGUAUCAACAAUGUUCAGAACUAUACGGUCAACCCCAACGCCCAUUUCCUCAUUCGCACUCGAACCCGCAGCGAUGGAAAGAAGUACCCGGAGCUGGUCUUGGACAAAGCCCUGGAUCGUGAGGAGCAGCCAGAACUUGUCUUAACCCUCACAGCGAUAGAUGGUGGGUCCCCACCGAAGUCCGGGACUGCCCAAAUCCGAGUCCUAGUUGUGGACAUCAAUGAUAAUGCUCCUGUAUUUGCUCAGCCCCAAUAUGAGGUUCAGAUCCCUGAGGACAGCCCCAUUGAUUCCCUGGUUGUUACUGUGUCUGCCAGAGACUUGGACACAGGAAGCAAUGGUGAAAUCUCAUACACACUUAUUCAAAGUUCUGAGGAGAUUAGCCAAACGUUCAAAGUAAACCCCUUCUCGGGAGAAAUUCGAUUGAAAAAACAAAUGGAUUUCGAGAUAAUUCAGUCAUAUGAGUUGGAUAUUGAAGCCACCGAUGGUGGAGGCCUUUCUGGAAAAUGCACUGUCCUAAUCUAUGUAAUAGAUUUAAAUGACAAUCCUCCAGAAAUAGUAUUGUCUUCCUUAAAUAGCCCCAUUCCUGAGGAUUCAUCUGAGGUCGUCGUCGCUGUUUUCAGCAUUUCAGACCGGGACUCAGGAGACAAAGGGAGGAUGGUUUGCUCCAUCCAAGACAAUGUCCCCUUUCUCCUGAAAUCGUCUUUGGAGAACUUCUAUACCCUGGUAACUGAUGGAAUCCUGGACAGAGAGAUCAGAGAGGAGUACAACAUUACCAUUACUGUCACAGAUUUGGGAUCCCCCAGGCUUAAAACUGAGCAAAACAUCACAGUGCUGAUCUCUGAUGUCAAUGAUAACCCUCCAGUGUUUACUCAGACUGCCUAUAUGCUAUAUCUCCAGGAGAACAACAGCCCUGCUUUCCACAUUGGCAGCAUCAGUGCCAUUGACAGGGACUGGGGUUCCAAUGCCAAAGUCACCUACUCCCUGGAGCCUCCAGAGACUGGAGAGCUGCCCCUCUUCUCCUACAUCUCCAUCAACUCAGACAAUGGCCACCUCUAUGCUCUGAGAUCCCUGGAUUAUGAAGCCAUCCAAGCGUUCCAGUUCACUGUGAGAGCUACUGAUGGUGGUUCCCCAGCCCUAAGCAGCCAGGCACUCGUUCAGUGUGUGGUUCAGGAUGAGAAUGACAACUCUCCCUUUAUGUUGUACCCUUUGCAGAAUGGAACAUCCCCCUGUAAUGACCUAGUACCAAGGACAGCUGAACCAGGUUACUUGGUCACAAAAGUGGUGGCUGUGGAUAGGGACUCAGGACAGAAUUCCUGGCUUUCCUAUCAGCUGCUCAAGGCCACAGACCCAGGGCUCUUCACAGUGUGGGCCCAUAAUGGAGAGGUGCAUACAGUGAGGCCCAUCAGUGACCGAGAUGCCAUCAAGCAGAGGCUCCUAGUACUAGUGAAGGACAAUGGACAGCCACCUCUCUCCACAGCAGCUACACUAAAUGUGCUUCUUGUAGAUGGAUUCUCUGAGCCUUACAUGCAACUCCCAGAUACACCCAAGGAGCAGGCCCAGACUGACUCCCUCACAAUUUAUUUGAUCAUUUCUCUAGCUUCUGUCUCUUUCCUUUUUCUCAUUUCCAUGAUUCUGUUUAUUGUUGUGUGCUUGUGGAGAAGGAAGAAGAAUGUCACUGAUGGCAGUCAAUUUAGGCUCAAUAGUUCAUUCCCAGGCCACUUCGUGGAUGUUGGGGGUACUGGGACCCUGUCCCAGAGCUACCACUAUGAGAUGUGUCUGACCAAUGAUUCUGGCACUGGUGAGUUUAAGUUCUUAAAGCCCAUUAUUCCCAGCCUCCACAUUCAGGAUAGUGGGAGAGACUUGGAAGAAAGCCCUCCCAUCCAAAAGAGCUUUGGGCUGGGUUAAGUAUCUGCCAAACUGAGAUUCUAUAUUAAUAAUCCUGAAUAUUUGUUAUAAAAAAUUUUGUUUUAAGGAAGAAUUAGUUUAUAAAUUGGAUGUAUAUUAUGCUAUAUUCUAUCCUUUCUGCAUGUAAUUAAUGACAUUUUAACACAAAGAGUAAAAUAUGAAAAUGGAUUAUUUUCACUCCCAAAUGUUUGAAAUAACAUUUAAUUUUCUUGGAAAAGCUACAUAUGAGUAUGAUUAUUAUACAGAGAAGGUUCCCAAGUGUUCUUUUUACAAGAAAAAUACAUUUUAGGUGCCUAAAGCCCUGUUUUAGUAUUUUCAAACCCCAAUAAUAGGGUUUUUUAAACCUCUUUCCUAGGGUUAAAAUCUGGUCUUUAUUAAGUUUUGAAAAUUGAAGUGACAACCCAAGACAAUCAGUAAAUUUAUGUUAAUAAAUUACUGUCGAUUGAGAAAUCAGCAUAUUUUUAUGUCUUCAAUCAGGUUGCAGGGUAAAAGUCAGGAUUCACUUCACCCUGCUGUGAAAGUGUGAUCUUUUUAUUUAUAUCACAGUAAUCUCCGUACUUUUCCUUACCCUACUUUAGCAUUUCUUUCCUUAUUUUGUCACCUAGAAUUGAGGUAUUUUUGAACAUUUCAUGUUUUAAAAAUAUCUACUAAAAUGCUUAUGAUGAAUAUAGAUGCAAUAUAGAUAUACAGUUUUUAUUUAGUCCUCAACACUUCUAAGCUGACAUUGUGGAAAUUUAAUAAAUGUUUAUGGAGCUGGACUUCAUUGAUACAAGAUGUUUCCUAAUCUGAGUACUACACCUUGUCUAUUUCAGCCAUAUUUUUGAUUGAUGGACGAUUAUCCAGAACAAACUUACAAUAAUUUAGUUCCAAGUUGUUAUUUAAUGGUGCUCCAGUUUUAAUAUAUAUAAGUUGGAAAAUGUUUUAAUGUUCAAAAUUCAUUUUUAUAAUCUCAACAAUCACCUUUGUGGAUAUGUUUUCUAGUAUAGGUAUCACUUUUUUAUUGGAAUAAUAAUUUUCCAGUGUACAUAGCUAAAUUCAACGUAGUGCUCCAAACAAAUCACUUUUCUUGUAUUGCUUUGGGUGUUGAUUGCAUUUAUAUGUGUCAAUUUAAAUUAAUAGAAAUAUGACCAGCCCAAUAAGGUGGAAAUCUGGAUGAACUUGGAAAAGUGAAUUUGGGUUGAAUUAAUUAAAACAACUUGUUUUACCUAAGUAAAAAUUUCACCUUUAUUGCCCAUUCAGGUCUCAUGCAGACAUUGAUUCUCUCUCUCU